CGAGCAAGAACUCGGAUGAAUCGUGACACUUGGAAGAAGAAGAAGAAGAAGCAGCAGAAGAAAGCACACACACACACACACACACACACAGAGGCAGCAGGAGCAACGCCCACCGAUUAGAGUCUGGAGUGUGUGGUGCCUUCAAAAUAAUAGCAGUUCGUGACACGGAUGGUUAACUCAGAGGCCCCCAUACCGCGAGGGGAAAGCACGUGUACUCUUUUUUCCAGCUCAACUGAUCAGCAGACAGCUCAGGAGAGGGGCUGUGGAGCGCGCCUGGAUGUGCGCAUCGGAGCAUGAAUGCCACUGCGGCCCCGGAGCGCGCUGUAGCCUUCUAUGAAUGUUGUUUGUUCCAGCACUAAAGUGUGUUCUCUCUCCUCUGGUCGAGCCUCUAAACUGUCGAAAAAGAUGCGCACGGGAAGAAACUCUUCUCUGUGAUGGAACCUGUUGUUGACAAUCAUUUGGUGCGUGCGUGGGAUAUUUUUAUUCUUGUAACAAGUGGUGAGUUGAUCCAGGAAUAAAGCAACUCAAAAAGGACACAGGGCUGUGAAAAUGUCUGAUGUUCUAAUCUGCGCAUUGUGUGAGUAACAUUUUCCAACUUGGUCUUCCUCUUCAGUACUCUGUGACCCUUCCGUCUUAUCGACGACUCAGCAGAUUUCUGACGAGAUGUCCGCUGUUUGCCAGAGAGAUUUAAGGAUUUCACGCCAGUAAACUGGUUCGUCUGUUCUGUUUAUGGAGAAUGGCUUAAAAUAGCCCGAAGGCUGACGAGGUUACUACGAAUAUGCUGGUGGUUAUCUGAAACUUUGAGAGGUGGGAAAAUGCUCAGUUAAAGGGCAUUUAAAUUCACAUCACAAAGUAAGUGGAGCACCACAGGAAGGAGAGAAAAACGGUUCUGCUUUCAUUUAUAUCAGUAUAGUUCAGCUGGGGAGAACUGAGACCAACAGGCGAAUUUGGAAGCAGCUUGUUGAUGGCACUGCGCACCGGGAGGACUUGGUUUGGGCAGGUCUUGCGCAGGGUCUCUCGGCUGCAGGGCUCCUGGUCCAGACGAUCGAGCAGUCUCUUGUGUCUCUCCGCGAACCAGGAGCAGGAUCUGGGGGUCUGUCACCGGGAUCAUCACAAGGCGGGGGAUUUCAACCACUGCCACCGUCACCGGAGCGCACCUUUCUGUGCCUCCGCCUCCAGCCGCUGUCCACACGGCUUUCCCCACGCUUGCAGCGCCUUCCUGGGGAAUCCGAGGGGACAUGAGCCCCUCGGUCGCCGUUUCCUGUUGGCCAUGAAGCGGCAAAACGUGCGGACCUUGUCCCUGAUCAUUUGCACGUUUACAUACCUGCUCGUCGGGGCCGCCGUGUUUGACGCCCUGGAGUCCGACUUCGAGAUGCGGGAAAAAGAGUACCUGGAAGCCGAGGAGAAGCGUCUCCAGGGGAAGUAUAACAUCAGCGAGGAUGAUUACCGCAAACUGGAAACCAUCAUCAUGGAGGCAGAGCCCCACAGAGCCGGGGUGCAAUGGAAAUUUGCAGGGUCAUUUUACUUUGCCAUCACGGUUAUUACCACCAUAGGUUAUGGGCAUGCAGCACCUGGGACUGAUGCAGGGAAGGCCUUCUGCAUGUUUUAUGCUGUUCUCGGAAUCCCUUUGACUCUUGUCAUGUUCCAAAGUCUGGGCGAGAGGAUGAACACUUUUGUCAAGUACCUCUUGAAGCGUAUCAAGAAGUGCUGUGGCAUGAGCAUCACUGACGUGUCCAUGGAGAACAUGGUGACCGUUGGCUUCUUCUCCUGCAUCGGCACACUGUGCAUUGGGGCCGCCGCCUUCUCCCAUUAUGAGGACUGGAGCUUUUUCCAGUCCUACUACUACUGCUUCAUAACAUUAACAACUAUAGGCUUUGGGGACUUUGUAGCCCUCCAAAAGAACCGGGCCCUUCAGAAGAAGCCCCUGUAUGUGGCCUUUAGCUUUAUGUAUAUCCUGGUGGGCCUGACGGUCAUCGGGGCCUUCCUCAACCUGGUGGUACUCCGUUUCCUUACUAUGAACAGUGAGGAUGAGCGGCGGGACGCAGAAGAACGGGCCUCGCUCGCCGGAAACCGGAACAGCAUGAUCAUCCACAUCCAGGAUGAGUCGCUGCAGCACAGCCGGCAGCGACACGAGGCGUACCGAGCAGAGGUGACUGAUUUGCAGACAGUCUGCUCCUGUAUGCACUACCACUCGCGUGACUUCGGCAGCUCUGGGGGAGGGAUGGGAGGCUGUGCCUUCUCUCAUCAGAACUCAUUCAGUUCGCAGCUGAAUCCCAAUCAGUACUUUCACUCAGUUUCCUACAGGAUUGAGGAAAUCUCACCCAGCACCUUGAAAAACAGCUUCUUCCCUUCACCCAUCAGCUCGGUGUCUCCGGGCCUUCACAGUUUCACAGACAGUCACCAGCUUAUGAGGAGAAGGAAAUCUAUCUAAACCGUAACACACAGGACAAAUGAGUAUCCACGUUUUAUACACAAGGUCAAACAUUUCCAGUGCUGCUCCUUAGAAAUCUUAUUUAAGCACUUUUUUCCUCGUUUGGUUGUAUGUAAUAUAAAAAGUAUUCUGGGGAACAGAGGAAGAACACUGUGCAGAGCAGCAUGCGUGGACACUAUGGGAUGAAGAGCAUGAAGCAUGGAUGUCUAUUUUUUCAAAAGAUUGCUUCAUUUAAAACACUAAACUAACUACAAGACCUUCCUUACAGAUUUACAGUUCAAAAUUGAUAUAUUACCUUUGGUUACAUACCAAAUAAUGCACACUUACGGAAAUGUUAUUUUUCAAAAGGGAGUAUACUUGUUAAACCUCAACUUGGGGAAACUUUUACGGUACCGUUAUGUGCUAUUUCAUUGCCUCACUGCAGAAUUUAAAAUGACUUAAUCAUCAGGUAUUGUUUUCAGAAAGCAAUCAUUUAUUCCAAUGGUUUCAUCACACACAAAGCCAAAAUGUUAUCACCAAUAUUAGCAUGUGCAUUAGAUGUCGUUUAAUGAAUGUGCCAUGGUUUUGUGACCUUGUUUAGCCUGUUUAGCCAUAUGACGGGUGUCUGUUUGUUUUGGAUUCAAAGGAUCAUGCUGCUGUUAUUGCUAUUCCCCACUGAUCUAGAACUCAGAUAUGAUUACAAAGGCUUUAAUUUCUCCUGGAGUCUUUUUUACAAUGGAUUGUUCAGACUGACCUAAAGGAAAAUCCAGCCUUCUGAACAGCACUGUUAAUAUGCCAACUCUUUAAUUUGUAUUAUUAGCUGGAUGCAUGUUUUUCUCCCACUGAUAUAUGGAAUCAAUUCAGCUCAAGUGCACUGGCUCCUCUUCACACAGACUGGUUUACACUAAUAUUCAGUAAUCAUACAGCGAUCACUCCACUGUUAAAGUGGAAGAGAGACCAGCUUCUUUAUUUAUAGUCACCUUAACAGACCAGAAUGCAGCCAUAGGUAUGUCACAAAGAGGUAACUGGGUGAUUUAAUAUUGCUUAUAAUUGGGAAUGCACAGGAGAUCUGCUAAUAAAAAAGUCAAAACUGAUGCAGUAGAGGCUGACAUACCUGACUCUGGAUCCUACAAUUCCCAUGAUGCAAGUCACCUUGGGUUUUUAAUGCAGGAUUUGCAUUAAAAUCUAAUCCAAUUAAUUAAAUUCUAAAUUUAAAGCUCAUACUGACAAACUGAAUACCUGUUUUCACAGGCUGAGUAGUAGGUUAUCCCUCACGAUGUAUAGCCAUAAACUGAAGCAUUAUGGGAAAUACUGUCCAGGACUAUUGUGUCUGAGCUGAUGAGUCAGGCUGAGGAAUGUGAAUUUACAGGUACUUGGAAAAUUAUCAAAUGACUCUGAUGUCACUUCAGUGUCAUCACAGACUGAUGACAUAUCCAGUAGCAGUGAAAGAGGAUCUGAAGAUGGAUUCUUCCUUUAACCUACAGCUACUAAAGUGAAAUUAAAUGACUCCAGAUGAAUCUAUUGGCUAUGUAAAUUUGAAUUAAAGGACCAAAGCCCUGUAUAGUAUACGACUGUAGCAGCUGACCCUGCGCCAGGUUUAACAGCAAAACUGUCUGUGUUAGUGGGGAAGCAUACUGACUAAACUGACAACUCUUGAGGUUUGGAUGCACUUUGGAGCUAAUCGGGAAACAACCUGAUAAACAUGGAAUGUGCUGAAACAGUGAGUGUGACUUAAUGUGAGGGGACAGCUGAUAAGAAACACUUAACAUCAGUGUGAUCCUUUCAAUUCUGUAAAUUCUCAGAGGAAGAACUAGGAUAGGGAGGAUUUCUGUAUGUUUGAAAGAUCUAAUAAGCGCAUGAACUUUGUAAGAUGAAUGGGGAAAUAAUUUCAUAAUAUCUUUAAAAGCAUUUUAAUGGUAAAUAGUCUCAAGAAUGAUUAACAAUAUGAGAUAUUUGUUUUGCCAAAGCCCAGCAGUUCCUAAGGGAAAAGCCUUUAUUUACCUGCUUUCUAACUUUCCAUUCAAACAAAUAAUAAGGUUUGCUCUCAGGUUUGAAUGAAUCACCCUUUUUUGUUGGUUUGCUCCUAUAUCAAACACAAUCCCAGAAGUGCAAGCAUUAUCGGCUAAACAACACAAUGUAUAUAUCAACCCCUCAUUUCUAAAUAAUAUGAAUGAAUUUCCCAAAAAAAUGUGAUUGAGAUGUAUCAUCUCACUAAGGCCCGUGCAGGUUCUGAAGCAGAUGUGUUCACCCGGAGAGAGUCUGCAUAAUAGGCAUCGUGUGAGAAUGCCAAAGAGCUGGAAAAUAUUUGAGCAAUUCUGAAUGUUUAUUUUGAUUACAGACCUGUUUUUAAGCCCAAGCUGUAUUUUCUGUUAUAGCCGGUCCAGUGGCAGGUGCCAAAAAUUUCUCUUACACUGAACUACUAAAUUAGGCAGGAUUAAAAGCUCAGCAUGACUAAUAUUUAAUAAUAAAAUGUAUGUUUAAGUAUUUAUUGCCUGUUAAGAAUAGAGCAAAGUGGGGAUUUUUUUAUACCCUCUGAUGAGAUCUAUAGCAUUUUACUCUCUGAGUGAAUUCUAUCUUUCAAAGUGUACAAAUAGCUACAAAACCCAACAAUUCUUUCACCAACAUAACAAACCUUAACUUUCAACAAGUGUUCCCUUCAGUAUUCUUUGCAGUCUAUCAUGUUCAACAGGCUUCUCUUAAUUCCCCGUGUAUCUGCGCAUGCCUCACGAGGUGAUUGCCACUCUGUCUGGGUAAAAGGUAAAAUGCCAUGCAUCCUAUUCAGUGACGAUCAAUGUAACCAGGCAUGGAGUCCGAGAUAAGCAGUAAAAGCAUUGUUUCGUUAUUGGAACUAUACCUGCUUAUCGAAAUAUCUUGUACAAUAUGUUUAUAACAACCUUUGGAAUACAAAGGCCUUUUCAUGGCUAAGAUGCAUAUGUAUUUUUCCACAUUAACAUAUGUGCCUUGAUGAAAAAGUGUUUUUGUUAAAGUGGGCACAUUGGAGUAUCAUGGCUGUGGUCUGUUUGUGCUUUAGCAAACCAGUUGGAAGCUUCUGGAAUUCUGGCAGAUGUGGUUAAUGUAUAGACAGUUCGAAGCCAUGUUCACACAGGGAGCUAAAAAAGAAUCAACUCCUGGUCUUACAUAGAAUCACAAACAUACCCCGCCGCAAAGCAGAUUCAUCCAUUUCCUUACCUUUGACAGGCAUAAUCAUCCUAUAAUGGCUUCGAAGAUAAUUCCAGUUUAUUUUCAUAGUUUUGGCCAUCAGUUUAAUUGGUAAUAAUAACACAGAACUCACAGAGGUAAUUGUUGAGAUUUGGAAGAAUCGGCAAGGUGGGAGAAGUCAGAUGGUGCAACAACGGUAAGCAGUCAGAGUAGACAGGUUUAAAGGAUAAGUCUGGCAAUAUUUCAUCAAAUCCCACGAAACCCACAGUAAAUUAAUGCUACUAAUGAGCAUGUGUGUAUAGCCAAAGAUUGAUAGAUCUUAUUCCUCUGUUCCACAGAGCUCCAUUUUUAUCCAAGAGCUGUUGAAAGCACAGCUGGCAUCUUGUAUUAUGAGGGGCACUGUAUUUUAUUUUGUGUAUCACCCCACCUGUGUGGAUUAGUCCCCAACCAAUGUGUUUGUUUGAGUAACAUUUACUAAAAAAAAAAGAAAAUACCCUGCUCAUACACUUGUUGUUAAAGUCGCAGCAGAACAAGCUAAAAACACAACAAUGACAUAUUAUCUAUCACCUUAGUGAGUAGUUGUGGCUGACAUGCCUGUGUAUAGCAGACACAGCAACAUCACAUUUUAUUUGGAAUAAUGUAUCAGCAAACUUCCUUUUCCAUUGUUUUUGGUCUCUGCCAAAUCCUGAGAACGAUGUUCGGCUCCUUUGCUAGCUAGAUGCUUAUUUUGUCUGGUUCUGGACAAGUAGCAUACAAUGGAUAUAUCAUAGCUUUUGCUUUUGUUGUAAACAUUUAUGACCAUUUACAGAUCAACUUUUUGGACUAAUAUUUAAUAUGUUGGUUAAUAUUUGCAGUGGUGGACGACGUACUGUGGUCCCUUACCUAAAUAAAAAUACAGUAGCAAUAACACAGUGUAAAAAUACUACAAGUAAAAGUCCUACAUCCAAAAUGUUACGUAAAGGAUAAGGACAGUCAUUUUCUAUAUGAAUAGUAUUUUAAACACUCCCCAUGCUAAAACCAACAAUGAUUUACCUGUACUCACAGUUCAUUGUGAUUGUAGUUGGUGAUUGUAGUGUCUGUAUGGGAAGUGUUGAAAAAAUUGUUAAUAUAAAAAAUGGCCAACUAAGUUAAAGUAUGACGUAUUAUUAUCAAAACAUACUUAAAGUACUAAAUUACCUAUUAUGCAGAGAAGCACAUUUAACAUUAAUGUAAUGCACGUUAUUGAAUUAUAAUUGCUGAUACAUUAUUGUGUACAUUAUACAUGUUUAAUGUUGCAGCUGGUAAAGGGGGAACUCAUUUAAUCAGGCUUAUAUGCUUAUAAUUUGAAGCACUUUACAUACUGCUGGGUAGCCUGAGGUCAAUAAGGUCUAAUGAUUAGACUAUAACUUUUGUAUUAAUCUGGUCUUGAAGUGUAACUGGUGACUAAAGUUAAAAAUCUGACCUUGUUAAGCACGCCACAGUGUUUCAGUUCCAACAGUUUUGGCGCUUGCCCUUUUGGCUUGACUUCCAAAAAAUAGCUGUUUAAAUAAUCUGGUUAAACCGCUGGCUGGUUUAUCAUCUGGCUGUUCAUUUCCUGCCUCACUGGACUCUGCUGUGCUAAUGU